UGCCUUGAGGGUCAUUGUUGACAUUCACAGGGAAURUUUGAACUCGUGCUUUGGACUGCAGUUAAAUCAAUAUUUUACCGUAGUAUGACAGAAAAAUAUGGCUAAAGAGCCAUAUCCAUACGAUUCCUUUGACUAUUUAUUUAAAAUAGUCCUCGURGGAGAUCCUGAUGUCGGAAAGACCUGUCURGUACAGCGAUUUUGCUCUGGGACAUACGUGGAACGUCAMGGAAGCACUAUAGGUGUAGAUUUUACCAUGCGAACAGUCCGAAUUGACGACAAAAAGAUCAAGCUGCAAGUUUGGGAUACUGCAGGUCAAGARAGGUUUAGGACUAUUACUCAAAGCUAUUACCGCAAUGCCAAUGGYGUCAUUAUUACAUAUGAUAUAACUAAAAGAGAGACAUUUGCAAAUGUUCUUCGAUGGACUGAAGAUAUUAAAAGAUAUGCACCUGAAAAUGUGAUUAGAAUACUAGUAGGAAACAAAAAGGACCUGGUCGAUGAAAGAGAUGUUAACUGUGAAGAAGCAAUGAGUUUUGCUGAACAGCAUAACAUGGAAAARGUUCUGGAGACGUCUGCAAAGGAUGCAACCAAUGUUGACGAAGCUUUCCAUGGUCUAGCAGCUGCUCUAAAACAUCGCUAUGAAGUUGGAGCACAACUGCAGAAUCUAAAUGAUGGAAAUUGUUUGAAGGAAUCACAUGAAGUGCGCCGAAAAUGGAAGUGCUGCAGUUGAUAUUUAAGUAGUGCCAUGACUGUGACAUCUAGUUAGGGCUACAUCUAGAGUGAAACAUCUUUUCGAACAGCAAACACCCUUGUAUCACGACCAAGAAGUCUUGUCAGUCACCAUGAUGGAAUUGGAGUUUUCCAGCUAAAAAACCCUUGAAAAACACUGAAUAUUCAAAUAUAUAUUUUUAUAUCAA